CUCAGUUUCUCUAUAUAUACACACUUCACAGUUCACACUACCCUAAUUAAACACCGCGCCCAACCCUUUUCCUCUCCCUUCUCCCACCUCAAACGCCGUCGUUUCGACCACCUUCUUCGGUCGCGGCACAACCAAUAACCAUGUCGCUGCCAGAUUGUCCCGCCGUCCAACUUGCCCAACUCCUGGGCCCAAAUACCACAAACGCUGCCGCCGCCGCCUCCUUCAUCUGCGACCGGUUCACCGCCGUGGACAACAAGUUCGUCGACACGGCCUUCGCGGUCGACAACACUUACCUCCUCUUCUCCGCCUACCUCGUCUUCUCGAUGCAGCUCGGCUUCGCCAUGCUCUGCGCCGGCUCCGUCCGCGCCAAGAACACCAUGAACAUCAUGCUCACCAACGUCCUCGACGCCGCCGCCGGCGGCCUCUUCUACUACCUCUUCGGCUUCGCCUUCGCCUUCGGCUCCCCCUCCAACGGCUUCAUUGGCAAACACUUCUUCGGCCUCAAGGAACUCCCCUCCCAAAGCUUCGACUACAGCAACUUUCUCUAUCAAUGGGCCUUCGCCAUCGCCGCCGCCGGCAUCACCAGCGGCUCCAUCGCCGAACGCACACAGUUCGUGGCCUAUCUCAUCUACUCCUCCUUCCUCACCGGCUUCGUCUACCCCGUCGUCUCCCACUGGUUCUGGUCCGCAGACGGCUGGGCUUCUGCCAUUUCCCCCGGAGACCGGCUAUUUUCCACCGGCGUGAUAGACUUCGCCGGCUCCGGCGUAGUCCACAUGGUUGGUGGAGUAGCCGGCUUCUGGGGCGCACUGAUAGAAGGCCCGAGAAUCGGACGCUUCGACCACGCGGGACGCGCCGUUGCCCUCAGAGGCCACAGCGCGUCCUUAGUAGUCCUGGGGACCUUCAUGCUUUGGUUCGGUUGGUACGGAUUUAACCCUGGUUCAUUUAAUAAAAUCCUAGUUCCCUACGGUAACUCAGGAACUUACUACGGUCAAUGGAGCGCGGUUGGGAGAACCGCGGUCACCACUACCCUUGCAGGGUCAACUGCUGCGUUGACCACUCUCUUCGGGAAACGGAUGAUAUCCGGUCAUUGGAACGUGACCGAUGUCUGCAACGGGCUGUUAGGCGGCUUCGCCGCCAUAACAGCCGGCUGCUCCGUCGUUGAGCCAUGGGCAGCCAUCGUGUGUGGUUUUGUCGCUUCAGUGGUUCUGAUAGCGUGCAACAAAUUAGUAGAGAAGGUUAAGUUCGAUGAUCCUUUGGAAGCGGCGCAGUUACACGGUGGGUGUGGCGCGUGGGGGGUGAUAUUCACGGCGCUGUUCGCGAAAAAGGAGUAUGUGAGCCAGGUUUAUGGGGAGGGGAGGGCGCACGGGUUGUUCAUGAGGGGUGGAGGGAAGUUGCUGGCGGCGCACGUGAUUCAGAUUUUGGUUAUUGUUGGGUGGGUGAGUGCGACCAUGGGACCCUUGUUUUGGGGGUUGAAUAAAUUGAAAUUGUUGAGGAUUUCUUCCGAGGAUGAGCUUGCGGGGAUGGAUCUUACCCGUCAUGGAGGAUUUGCUUAUGCUUAUGAGGAUGAUGAGUCGCACAAGCAUGGGAUUCAGCUGAGGAAGGUUGGGCCCAACGCGUCGUCCACACCCACCACUGAUGAAUGAUUACGAUCACGAUUAAUUCGGCCCCGACAGUAUUAUCUUCAAUUGAAAUUACGUGUGACUUAGAAGAAGAAAAAAAGAUGAUGAUGAUUUUGUUUGUAAUUUAUUUUAUUUGUUUUGGGUUUUUUUUUAAUUUUGUAGAUUUUUCUUUUUAUGAUGGGUAAGUAGGGAUUUUAAUUUGUAAUUGUUAUUGGCCGUAUAUUGGUAGAUGCUGGAAAUUGAAGAUUCUGCUGGAAGAUGCGAACGUUUCUGAAAAUGAUAGAUGGCUGUGGAAAAUGAAAAUAUUUUAUUUGUGGGAUUUAAUUUUCGUAGUUUUCGCCAAAAAAGAAGGAAGAGUCGUAUAUAGUAGAAAUUUUAAUUUGAGACUUUGAUGUUGAACUCUGUAAUUUUCCUUAUGGCUAAUCAAUAUCUACUAGUCAAUAAUUUGUGCA